GUAAAGUGCAAUGCAGGCUUAAAAGUGGGCAAAUGUUUGACGAACACCAACAAAAUGAGUGAAGCGGUGGGAGUGUUUGAUAGGGCAGUCGGUCUGGACCCUAGCAAUCCUGAUGUCUACCUUCACAGGGGGCAGGUCCAUCUGGUCAUGGAGAACUUGGACAUGGCUAUAAUGGACUUCCAAAAAAGUUUGUCAAUCAACGAUUCCACUGCUAUCGCUCACAUACACAAAAACUUCUCCGAGUUGAGAAAAGCACUGUCUCAGCAAGACUUUGAUAAAGCAGAAAAGAUCACACUAUCAUUCCAAGAUAUUUUAAACAGAUUCCCAUCCUGUGCUGACGGUUAUGCAUUCUAUGGACAGGCUCUUCUUGAUAUGAAAAAGUUUGAAGAAGCCGAUGAUUGUUUCAAGAAAGCUAUCCAAUUAGAACCUAAUAAUCCAAACUCAUACGUUCACAGGGGGAUUUUAAGAUUAAGUUGGAAAGAAGACUUUGAAGGUGGUUAUAAAUUUAUUAAGAAAGGGAUCGAGAUCGAUGGUCACAGCAGCUUCGCCUACCAAGCUCUUGGCACUCUAGAAUUUCAAAAGGGUUUGAUUGAUUCUGCCAUAGACUUACUGGAGAAAGCAGUUGAUUAUUCAACGAGUGAAACAGAAAUGAUCCAUUUGUACUCCAUUCUACUGGCUGCACAGGUUCAACACAAAGUGGCUGCCCGACUCGGUGUAUCCAUGCCUUCCCUCAUAUGACAAACCAACAAACUGUUGUUUAAAUUAUGAUAAUUUAUUUUUUAAUAAUUUUUUAGAUAGUGGGAAAGACAAAGUUAAUCGAUAUCAUAAAUUUUUUCAUUGAAAAAUAGUUGAAUAGGCAUCUUUUUUGUUGUUGACGAUGUAAUAUAACACAAGCAUGUAUAAUAUAGAGAAUAUACAUAUGUAAAUAGGAAAUCAACAAUAUAUAACAUUGAGCAAUUUUGGUGUUCUGGACUAUGCAGAACUGUAAUUGUUGAAAAUGCAUAGAUUAACAAGCGUUCAAAUUUUAACUACAUAAGUUUUACAAAAUAAUAAACUACUGUUUUUUUUUACGACUAAUUAA